AUGAAGCAAAAUGGAAGAAUUGAAGACAAUCUCACAAUUACCAUAGACAAGAAGCUCACUCAACUCUCCACCAAUUACCGCCAUGAACCAUUCAUCUACCGAGUCUACGAUCGCCUUCGUGGCCAAAACAAAAGAGCAUAUGAGCCCGAAUUGCUCUCCAUAGGCCCCUAUAACCGUGGAAAGCCUACCCUUCAAGUCAUGGAAGAGCACAAGCUCCGGUACCUUCAAUUGCUACUUGAACGUCGCAAUGAAUCAACUGUCCAUAGGUAUGUGACGACCAUACGAGCUCUUGAAGAGAAGGCACGAGAAUGUUACGCAGAAGACAUCGGACUCCACGAGGGAGAUAAGUUUGCAGAAUUGCUGAUCCUCGACGGUUGUUUCAUCGUCGAACUCUGCAGAAAGUUUGCUGAUAGAACCCUCGUGGACUCUCACGACACGUUAUUCAAGAUGGAAUACAUGCAUCAUGCAAUAUGGCGCGACAUGUUGUUGUUCGAAAAUCAGAUUCCUUUCUUUGUCGUGGAUCAAUUGUUCAAAAUGACGACAACGACCCACGAGGAUUACCAAAAUAAGACCAUGGUUGAUUUACUAUUAAUGUACUAUAGCGCCACUAGAAAAUACUAUCACUAUCACACCAAAUCGUCGGGAAACUAUCGCUGGCUCCAAGAGGCUUCAUACGGGAUCAACUCCGAAAAUGUGAAACACAUCCUUGGCUUGAUUCACUUUCUUGUCACCAGCUCGCUCAACCGGAAGCUAUGUUCCAAACGAAAUAAUAACCGAGAUGACGAAGAGGUGAAGUGGGAGUUCAUACACAGCACAACCGAGCUACGUGAGGCGGGAAUCGAGUUUAAAGUAAAACAGGAUUCGCCGUUGUUCGACGUAACAUUCGCGAACGGGAUGUUGGAAAUCCCGCUUUUAACGAUUAACAGUAAGAUAGACUGCCUCCUGAGGAACUUCGUUGCCUACGAGCAGAGCCUAGGGAACAAUGAAUUGAAGCUUGUGACAGAUUACGUGACUUUUUUAUAUGUUAUAGUAAAAACACCGAAGGAUGUAAGCUGGCUUAGAAGACACGAGAUCAUAAACAAUAUGAUGGGGGACGAUGAAGCAGUGUCGAAUGCUUUCAACAACAUCUCGUCGUGCGUGUUUGUAUCGCACGACAAGUUCUGCUACAAGGAACUGUUCAAUGAAGUGAACGCGCACUGUAGGCAGAGAAGAAAUGUUUGGGAGGCUAAACUUAGGAGGAACUACUUCAACAGCCCUUGGGCCAUCAUGUCAUUAUUAGCUGCCUUUUUGCUGCUCAUGUUAACUUUCAUACAAACAGUGAUUGCACUUGUUCCUUAUUUGGCACAUGUCCAUACUCUAGCUACAUAA